UCUCUCAAGAUGGCUGCGCUGCCGCCGGGCCCGGAACUGUGGAACCGCGUGAGGAUCCCCAAAGCCGGGAGUCGCAGUACAGUAAUCGUGCAGAACCCUGACGCACCGCUGGGUGAGUGAGGCGCCCCAUAAGGGGCGCAGGCUCUUUCGCAGGAGGCGUCUGGCCGCUGCCGGCGCACGUGCGCGAGGGGCGGGACUUCCGGACUCCGCGGAACGCUGGGUAUGACAGCGGUGUGCGGCAUCUGGGGUCUGGCGUUUGUGGGGGCCUCUGGCUUUGCUGUUCUCUGGACCCACCGUGCAGACCGCAGGGCUUCCAUGGGGCGCCGAAAAGGCAGAGAGGGACGAACGCAGCUAGCAUCAGGGAAAAGUGCUGCCUGGGAACCCUCUGUUGACGCAGGCCACCAAGAGCCGUGGUUACUCCACAGUCUUUCCCGACCUCUUCCACCGAGGGGCGGCGGGUCACUCAAGCACUCUGCACUUAAAUCGCACUCUUCCUAGAUCCCCCUUUCUUUUCUGUAAAAUAGGGUUAGUCUUCCCUGCCCAUCACUGGGUUGUUGGGAGGAUCUAAUGAUGUCAUUUAGACCUUUGCAUUGCAGCUGUAAUUAAAGAAUGCUCUCUUGUUAUACUGUCACUGAAGAGCCAAACCUUAGAUGCAGAAACGGAUGUGUUAUGCGCAUUCCUUUACAGCAAUCACAACAGAAUGGGCCGCCACAAGCCCCAUUUGGCCCUCAAACAGGUUGAACAGUGUUUAAAACGCCUGAAAAACAUGGAUUUGGAAUGUUCAAUUCAAGAUCUCUCUGAGUUGUUUUCUUCGAAUGAAAAUCAGCCUCUAAAUUCCAAAGCUUGCGUCAUCCCCAGCCAACCAGUGGUAGAAAUGGUGUUGAUGAAGAUUUUGGGAGGCUGCAAGUUGCUACUUCGCUUGUUGGACUGCUGCUGCAAGACAUUUCUCUUGACUGUGAAACACCUAGGUUUGCAAGAAUUCGUUAUUUUAAAACUUGUGAUGGUUGGGCUGGUGAGCAGGUUAUGGGUUCUCUAUAAAGAUGUUUUAAAAAGGCUGAUUUCUUUAUAUGAGCCAUUGUUUGGAUUACUUCAGGAGGUCUCCAAGAUUCAACCAUUGCCUUACUUCAAAGGUUUUACCUUUCCUUCUGAUAUUGCCGAAUUUUUAGGACAGCCCUAUUUUGAAGUCUUUAAGAAAAAAAUGCCUACAGUUUUUGCAGCUAAAGGAGUAACCAAAUUGCUCAAUAAACUGUUUUUAACAAAAGAGCAAUCACAGAGGUCCAGUGAAGAAACUUUACUUAAAAUUUCCAAAAAAGCUAAACAAAUGAAGAUUGAUAUACAGAAUAAUGUGGAUCUUGGACAGCCAGUAAAGAAUAAGAAAAUCUUAAAAGAAAAGUCAUCAGAAUUUGAUGUGAGGGCUUUCUACAAACAGCUGAAACACAAAGCUAUGCAGGAGACCAGUGUUGCAUUUAAAUGUUCUCAAGCCAAACUAAAGGCAACCAAACAUUCUUCUCAGAAAGCAAUAGGAACUCCUUGCAUAAAAAGUUUUGUGCAAAGAUUCCGAGAGGCUGACACUUUCAGACAACUUUCUGAAGAAAUCCAAACGGCAAUUCUGUGGUGUAGGAGCAAAAAACUCAAGGCCCAGACUGCCUUUCUGGGUAAUAAACUUCUUAAAAGUAACCGGUUUAAACAUUUGGAAGCUCAAGGCUAUAGUUUGCCAAAGAAACUAGAGUGCAUAAAAACCUCUAUUUGCAACUGCCUUCUUCAUGGCUCAGGCAUCAAAACUUCAAAGCAUCGUCUGAGACAAAGAAGAUCACAGAAUAAAUUUUCACUGAGACAAAGGAAACCACAGAGAAAGUUACAGUCAAUUCUUUCAAAGGAAAUCCAGCAGUCCCCUAAAGGGACCCAGAGUGCUACAGACAUCAUUAAAGGAAGACUCUCAUACCCUGCAGUUCAUAGAACUGAUCUCUACCCUAACAAGCAGCAACUCCCGAGUAUAGGAGUUUCAAAUCCUUUCAUACAAACCAAGGAGGAACAAACUCAUGAAAAUCUUAGAGGAAGCAAUAAAAAUGAAACUGAUUCUUCUUGGACAAUGAUGCAAAUAAAUAAACAUAAUACAUUAGGAACCAUUAAGACAGAUGACAUUGAUGAUAUUUUUGCUUUAAUGGGCGUUUAGAUGCUUUUAUAUGACUCUUAAGUGAUUAACCAGCUGAUCCAGUGUUCUGCUGUUGUAAGUAGAAUAGCUGAGGUCUGGAAAGAUCUGGAAAGUACCACUUGGACUCAGAGGAGCUGCUUUAGUACAACAUUGUACAGUUCAUUUCAGUUCAAUAAACAUUUAUCAUA